CGGAAAGGGAUGCGUAGCACGAUGUAACCACUAGUGAUCUGGUGUGGAUGCGUGACAGAGCGCUUCAGCUAAGUGAUUCCAGUAAAAUGACUAUGGUAAGCAUCAAAGACUUAUAGAGCUAUUUAUUUUUGGGAUUUAUUUACCGCUACUCGUGAAUCAAAACUACGACUCAAAGUUUUCGAUAUUUAAAAAUAUUUAUUUGCAUCAGACGUCAAAGAAAUGCAAACUUCUGUUUUUAUCGCUGCUGUACAAAAAACAAAAAUUUGGCAUCAUCGAAAUUGAAUGAAUAGUAACGUCGUACAUUAAACUUGUUUCACAUCUUUAGCGUUACAAUUCAGUGCGCCUUGUUUGUUUCUCACCAUGAUUGUGUUUAAGGACAUGAUUACUGGUAUGAAUAAAUAUCUUUAAUAUUCUCUUCAGAGGAUGAAAUGUUCACAGACUCUCACUGUCCUCGUGUCGUCGCGGAUUUCUUUUAUGAAGUAGAAUCGAGGUUUACGACAACUUCAAGUAAGGUGGAUGGGAGACUUAUUGGCGCAAACCCUUCUGGUGAGGGUGAAGACGAUGAAGAUGUGGAUGAUACGAGUGAAAGGGUCAUUGAUUUAGUUCACGCUAAUGGUUUCAUUAGUGUUCCUUACGACCUAAAAUCAUACAAAGCUCAACUUAAAUCGUAUUUAAAAGCUAUAAAACAACGUUUGCAAAAGACUGAUCCAGACAAGCUACCCUUACUUGAAAGUCAGGUCAACAAGUACAUGAAAGAUGUCUUUGCGAACUUUGACCAAUAUGAAUGUUUCACGGGACCAUCAACUAAUCCUGAAGCCAUGGUAGUUUUGAUGAACUUCCGUGAGGACGGUAUGACACCAUACUUCGUUUUCUUCAAGGAUGGAUUGAUACACGAAAAAUGUGUAAGUUGGUUUUCUUUCGUAAUCAUGAAGAUAGUGAGGCGCCUCGUCUUUGGAAUCUUGGAAAUCAUGAACAUCUUGUAAUUUACAAA